GUCUAAGUGGUGAGGUUUGAAACCGCUAAUCCGGUUGUGCACUUAUCACCAUGGUUGACAUCCGGAGUGGGAAGAGCACUAGCCCUUACACCCAGGAACAGCAAGAAAAGAUGGCCGCCCUAGUGAGAGAAAAUAAGGAGAGAAAAGAGCUCCUGAAGCAGGCGAAGCUGAAAGCUAUCGCAGAGGAGCAGGCGGCGAUGAAGAAGUUGGAGGAGGAGAUGGAGGAGAAGAAAAAGGCUGCCGAGGAAGAAGCAGCAGCAGAGGCAAGAGAGGAGAGAAAACGCAGCGAGGUAAAAGGGGAAAGUAGUGGCACGGCAAAUGAGGAUGCAGCCAUCGAGAAAAAGAUCAACGAGUGGAUUGCUAAUUUAUCGUUGGGGGAAGAUGAGGAGGCGCGGACAGACAUGUCUGCCAAAAUGGAUAAGAUGCUGGGAUACUUGGAAGUGUUUAGUGCGGUUUGGAUGGAGGAGCGCCAAGCCAACUGGGGUCACGAUGUGGCCCUGAAGGCCAUGGGGUCAGGAUUUCGGGAUUUUGCGCUCGAUAUGGUCACCCACGUUGGGGGCGAAGUCAGACGGUUGAGCGACAACGUGGGAAAGUUUUGUGAGGGCGCUAUUGAGAGUGCCAAAGCGGUAGCCACUGUUGAGAGCGAGGCCAGACCUCGUAAAGAGCCCGUCAAGCUCAAGUUCCCAAACGUAUAUGGCGGGAAGAAGGAGGAGAAUUUCGAUAACUGGGAGGCGAGCGCCAAUAGCUAUAUAUACUUACAGGACAUCUUGACUGAGGAGCAAGUCCUCGUUGCCUUCCAGGCCCUCAAGGACGAAGCGGCUAGCUUUGCCAGAUCCCUUGCYCGCGCAGCCGGUUGUGAAAACAACCUGGUUGCAUAUUCUAAGAUCACCCCCCUUCCUCAAUUCUUAAAACUCCUGAGGGAGAGAUUUGUUGAUCCAUUGAGAGGUGUUAGAGCCUCUAACAAGUUACAAACUAUCCACCCAAGAGAGUGGAGGAGUGCAAGAGCAAUCAAGGGGGUCAUGGACGACUUGGUAGCCGUCCCGGACCAUGGGGUCACUGAGACCCAAUUGGUCCAAUUGCUCUAUCGUGCCAUGNCAAGAGCAAUCAAGGGGGUCAUGGACGACUUGGUAGCCGUCCCGGACCAUGGGGUCACUGAGACCCAAUUGGUCCAAUUGCUCUAUCGUGCCAUGCCCGAGCCCCUGCGUGGGCAUUUCUUUGACAAAUCUCAACAGGCCGACAUCACCUAUGAUGUGCUAAGUAGAAAGGUGGUCCUGUUUGAGUCAAAGUCCAUGCCAGUUUCCACUUUCUUGCAUAAGGACUUGGAUAAAGGGAAGAAGUGUAAAGGGCGUACCAUCUCUGGCCAAGUCAGGGCCAAGGAUCACAUGAUCCUUACUUUAGAAGAAGGUGGUACUGAUGAAGUCCCCUACAGUGAGAAUGAGUGGGGGUUAGAGGAAGAGGACAGCAACGUAGGGCAGGGGAGGUCCUAUGAGGCUCUCGCGGUUGGAGAGAGGCCGCAAGGUAGAGGAGGAGGCCAGGGCCAAAGGGGCCAGGCCAUCGGAGGCCGAGGAUCGGGUGCACAGGGGGUUGGCGGACAAGGGAACCGCCAAGUGGGAGGUAGGGGUCAAGGUCCCCUGCUGAACCGCCAGGGUUCUAGUCGGUCCCCACAACGACGAGGAGGAAGGCCACCUCAACAGACAGGAGGAUGGCACCCAGGCUUGCCACAAGGUGUAGACAACACUUUGGCACAUUGUUGUCUCAGUGCUCCUGCGUCCGCGCGACUAGUGAAAAAGGAGCAGCUACAGGAUCAGGUCCUUGUAGUAUAUGUCAGACCUGUCACUGAGCCUAAGGAAGGGGAUAGUUCCACGGAUCCAGCUAUUGCCAAGCUGCUGGAGGAAUUCAAAGAUUUGACCGAGUCGCCGACAGGAGUCGUGUCGCGACCCAUCCAGCACAGGAUAGAGAUAGAGCCUGGUAGUAGAACUCCUAAGGGAGCAGUCAACAGGAUGUCCCCUAGAGAGUUAGAGGAGCUACGUAAGCAGUUGGACGAGCUCCUGGAGAAAGGUUGGAUCAGGCCCAGUUCGUCUCCUUUUGGAGCACCUGUUCUGUUUGUCCCCAAAAAGGAGGGAGAGCUACGUAUGUGCAUAGACUAUAGGGGGUUGAAUGCCAUCACCGUAAAGAAUGUUGAACCACUGUCCAGGAUAGACGAUCUUUUAGAUCGGGUGCAGGGUUGCAAAUAUUUCUCAAAGAUAGAUUUGAAGCCCAGUUAUUAUCAGAUAGAGGUCCAUCCUGAUGAUCAGUACAAGACUGCGUUCGGGACUUGUUAUGGGCAUUACGAGUUUAUAGUGAUGCCCUUUGGACUAACCAACGCGCCAACUACAUUUCAGCGUUGUAUGAAUGAUUUGUUCAGACCAUGGUUAGAUAAGUUUGUAGUAGUCUAUUUAGAUGAUAUAUUAGUAUUCAGCAGGACCCUCCAAGAGCAUCAGGGUCAUUUGAGGCAGGUCUUGGAGAAGCUAAGGGAGGCUAACUUCAAGAUCAACCCGAAGAAGUAUGAGUGGGCCAAGACACAAUUUUUGUACUUGGGUCACGUGUUGGACGGAGAUGGCAUUAAGCCUGAGGACAGCAAGAUAGCGGCAAUUAGAGACUGGCCAACGCCCCGCACAUUGACUGAAUUGCGGUCGUUCCUAGGCCUAGCUAAUUACUAUAGGACGUUCGUAAGGAACUUCUCCACUAUCGCCGCUCCCUUGCGCAGGUUGCUAAGGAAAGAGGCAAUCUGGCAGUGGGAUAAAGACUGUACGUCUGCGCUAAAGAGACUGAAGCGCGCGUUAAUAGAGUAUCAUGUCCUCAAGGUAGCAGAUCCGUCCUUGCCAUUUGUCCUCACCACGGACACAAGUCAGUAUGGUAUAGGCGCCGUGUUGCAGCAAGACGACGACAAUGGCUAUAGACCCGUAGAGUUCAUGUCAGCGAGGAUGCCCUCAGAGAAGGUAGCCACCUCGACGUACGAGGAACUCUACGCUCUCAGGCGGGCCACUGGAAGCAUUACCUGCUUGGAAGGCACUUCAAAGUAUACUCAGACCACGAAACUCUUAGAUAGUUAAAGACCCAGGCCAAAGUGACACCUAAGUUGACUAGGUGGGCCGCUGAGAUAGACCAGUAUGACUUUGAGCUCAAACCGGUCAAAGGCAAGCACAAUGUAGUUGCGGAUGCUCUGAGGAGGAGAUCAGACUACUUUGGAGCUAUAGUGCACUAUCUGGACAUAGGAAAGGACCUGCAAGAGAAAGUCCGACAGGCAUAUGCGCAGGACCCUAUCUAUAGUGACCUCCUCAAGAGAAUUAAGGAGGCCCCAGAGACCGAACCAGACUACCGCACUACUGAAGGACUAUUGUUUGAGAAGACUAAUGUAGUAGACCGCCUGUGCAUUCCCAACAGUGAAGAGACCCGUAGUCUGAUCUUAGGGGAAUGCCACGACACAGAGGGACACCUCGGUUGGCAAAAGACUUUAGCCAAUCUGAUGCGUGCGUAUACCUGGCCAGGAAUGAAAGCUGACUGCAUAG